AUGAGUUCAACAAUGACAAAAGGCAAAACUAGCAAACAAAUAUCAUGUAAAGUUCGCAUGUUAGACGAUCAAGAAUUACCAUUUCAUAUUGAUCCGAAAGCAACUGGGCAAGAUUUAUUUACUACAGUUUGUAACUACAUUGAUUUACUUGAAACUGAUUAUUUUGCACUUGAAUUUCUUGAUAGUCAUCGAAAUACAUGCUGGCUUGAAAUGGAUAAACCUGUACUUAAACAAGUUGCUGAAACAAAAUUUUCCUUCUGUGUUAAAUUUUAUACACCCGAUCCAGGACAGUUGGAAGAAGAAUUUACUAGGUAUCUUUUUGCAAUGCAAAUAAAACGCGAUCUUCAUAUUGGUACACUACUAUGUAGUGAUAAUACUGCUGCGUUGCUUGCGUCUUAUAUUGUACAAGCGGAAAUCGGUGAUUAUCUUGAAUCGUAUAAUAAUAAUCCAAGUUAUUUAGGUGGCAAAAAACUUUUCCCACACCAAACAGCUGAACAUGAAAUUCGUAUAAUGAAUUUUCAUAAAAAUCAUGUUGGUCAACUUCCGGCUGAUGCCGACCUUAAUCUCCUUGAUAUUGCACGUAAAGUUGAAUUAUAUGGUAUAAAAAUGCAUCCGGCUAAAGAUCAUGAACAAGUCAAUCUUAAUCUAUCUGUUGCACAUAUGGGAAUACUUGUCUUUCAAAAUAUAACAAAAAUUAAUACAUUUUCAUGGGCAAAAAUUCGUAAAUUAAGUUUUAAGCGUAAAAAAUUUCUAAUUAAAUUGCAACCAGAAGGCUAUGGUUAUUAUAAAGACACAGUUGAAUUUUACUUUGAUACACGAGAUGAAUGUAAAAAUUUUUGGAAAAAAUGUAUUGAAUAUCAUGCAUUUUUUCGUUGUGUUACAAUAAAGCGAACACAACGUUCAAGAAGUAAAUUAUUAACGCGUGGUUCAUCAUUUCGAUAUAAUGGUCGAACACAAAAAGAAGUUGUUGAAUAUGCACGUGAACAUUAUGUUAAAAAUCGAACCUUUUCUAGAUCCUAUUCGAAUACUCGAGCAGUUGCACCAGCAGCCAAUCGUGCGUCUCGUUCGCCUGGUACUGCACUUAAAACAUCAGAUACGAUGCGCAGUCAUGAUACAAAUCUAUCAUCAGCAGAUUCAACUCGUCAUCAAACACGUCCCAUAGGAAUUCCAGUAACAUCAACAACUAUAACUAUCACAAAAAAUCAACCAACAACAACGAAUACAACAACAACAACAGCAACAACUAUAGAUGCAACAGUUUCAACAACACCGAAUGAUAUUUAUCAACAUGUCUAUCAUGAUGAUUCAUCAACGCACGGUAGUCGAACUUUAGACUCAAGAUUUAGUCGUGAUAAAUAUGAUCUGUCUGGUGCAAGUACAGAUGAAGAUGAAGAUCAUGAUGAAGAACAACAAAAUAUUCAAAAUCAAUCGAAUGAACAAACACAACAACCAAUGAAUGGUUCAGGAUCAUCAUCGCCUCCACGUCCGCCGCCGCCGCCAUCACUACCCAUACCACAGUCAACAUCUCCAACAAAAGCUAUUCCUAUUCUUGAUAAACCAAUAACUGACAUUGAACAAUCCAUAAAUUCCAAACGUGAAAAUGAACUUCAUGAAUUAGAUAAAAGUAAGUCGCCGGGUAUAGAAAAUAUUUUGUGUACACACAUUCAUGAUGAUGAAGAGGAAGAAGAAGAAGAAGAAGAAGAAGAAAAAAAUGAAGCAGAUAAUAGUGAAUCGAAUCAUAAAACAGAAAAUCGAGUAUGCGUAGAAAUUGAUCAUAACGAUAAUAAUAAUAAUAGUAAGAAUGAAGAAAAUAAAGAUGAGAAUGAACCUGUAAAACGUUAUUCGACAUCUUUAAAAAUGUAUUUAAAUACGCGAAAUUCAGCUGGUGGUUCUCAUUCAAUAUGUGUUACACCAAAUGUAACCGAUCUAAUGAAUAAAAAACAAGAAGAAGAGGAGCAACAAAAACUAUUGAGUAAACGUGCUCAACAACAACAACGUUCACAUUCACUACAAAUGGAACGUACAUUAUCAAUAGACUUAACGCACUCACCAUCGAGUUCAUCAUCAUCAUCAUUAUUAGAACCACCGAAUAUCGAAAGUCUGAUAGGUUCGAAUAUAUAUGACGAUAAUAAUGGAGAAUAUUUAAGAAAAACUACUACACCUCCAAUAGUUAUUGAAAUACGUUCCAAACCGCAUUCAUUACCACGUAUGACAAAUUAUAUUGAAUAUGUUGAUAGACGUACAUUACCACCAAUAAACAGUCUAUCAUGGCAAGAUGAUACAAUCACAAAUGAUCAAAUUAUUCCAUUGUAUGAAAAAGAAUCUCCCGAAGAUCCAAUGGAAUUAGUUCGACAAGUAAUCGAAUCUAUUCUUACACAAAUUGUUGAAGAAGAAAGACAACUAAUCGCUACUGUCGGUCGUCUUGUCGAACAAGCAUGUUCACGCGCGAUAAGUCUAUAUAUUAUGGAAUGUCGUGCACAACUAUUUGCUGGAUCUUCUCAUAUACCUCAUCAUAAAUCAUGCAUAUUGAGAAUAGUGAAAACUGAUAAAAAUCAUGAUAGUGAUAACAAUACUAAUAAUCUAGCGUCUCGUUUGCGCACAAAAUCCAGUCCAGUUAUUACAACAACAACCGAUUGGACUGAUGUAAGUCGCAAAUUGGCUGCUCAAACAUGUUUCGCUGCUUUUCCAAGUGGAAAUAAUAUACACGAAUUAAAUCGAUCAGAUUUUUCAACAUUUUCAGACGCUAAACUAAAAUUUUUCAAUAUUAUUUCUAAUGAUGUAGCUCCUUCGCAAUCUUCUAUUUCUCUUCCUCCUCUUCUACUUCCUCUUCUUUCUGCAUCGUCUGCUCCUAAUGUUGUGUCAUCUUCAUCAUCAACACGAUCAUCUCGUGCUUCAUCUGUUUCAUCAUAUGCAUCAUCAAUGCAUGUGCCAUGUCCACCUCUAAUUGACAGCCAUUUAAAACGUUAUCAACGUCCAUUAUCAGCACGUCUGCUUGAUUUAAGCGAUGAUUCAGAUUCGAAUCCAACAGCAUCUAUAAGCACUAGUUUAAAAACUUGUAUUAUUCCGACAACAGUAUCUAAUCCUCAUCCUUCCCUUCCACCACCUGUACGUGCUCAACGUCGUCUUCAGCAACAACAAAAACGACGUUCAACUGAAGAUCUUAAUUCAUCAAGUGAUGAUUCACUUUCAAAUCAUUUAAAUAAAGCAGCCGGAGAUUCAAUAACAACAGGCCAACAACAAUAUCGCCGUGAAAUAAGUGGAUUUGUUAAUAAUCAUCGACCUGUACCACCAAUAACAAGUAGUACACCACCCAGACGAUCAUCAACUACUACUGAGCAACAACUAAUUUCAGUAGCACAAAGACCGAGUCUUAGUAAACAGGCUCCAAUCAUAAAUAAUGAUAAUGGUGAAAUUAGUAGUUCAAACCAAAGAUCUUCUAUUGGUGAAAGUAUUUUACCAUUUUCGCCUGCAUUGAAACCAUUUAUUAAUAAGACCACCGAUGAAACAAACAUUGAUGAUAAUAAGACUCGAACAAUACCAAUUAUUCAUGAAUAUCGUUCACCGACGACAACAUUAAGUACGAUUGAGUAUAGAACUACAACUACAAACCAACAAUCACCGUCCAGAGCAAAUCCGUCAACAUUCUAUUCAAUGAAUCAACAAAUAGCGGGCAUUCCGCGCUUAAUUGGCUCGGUACCACUACCACCAACAUCGUUGUCAACACAUUUUCCUACAUCAGUUUCAUCAACAAUGAUUAUAUCACCGUUACACGAUCGAGCUUUUUUUAUCUGUAAAGAAUUAUUAAUGACUGAACGAACAUAUAAAAAAGAUAUAGAAGUGGUCGCUGAUAAUUUUCGUUGUGAACUAAUGCUUAUUAUUAAUGAACAAAAUGAUACUUAUCUUGACCAAGACGAACAACAACAACAACAACAACAACAAAAGAAUUUAGAAAAAGAUUCAUUAAUAAACUUAUCAGAUUUAUUAUUCACAUGUUUAGUACCUAUUUAUAAUUUUCAUGUUCAUUUUCUUCGACAACUUGAACAAAGAAUAUCCAUAUGGGAAAAUCGUUCUAUUCCAGGUAAUGAAUACGGAAAUGGAGAAACAACGCAUCAGCAUAUCGGUGAUAUUAUUGCAAAUUUAGUUGAAAUUUUACCAACAUAUGAAAGUUACAUUGAAAGUUAUGAUCGUUUAUUAAGUGAACUUGAAUAUGUACUUAAAUAUAAUCGACGUUUUGAUUUGGUUUAUAAAGAAUUUGAAUCACAAAAAUUUUGCUAUCUAUCAUUUAUAUCAUUUUUACUUAAACCAUUACAACGACUUUUACAUUAUGAAUACUUAUUAGAGAAACUACUCAAAUACUAUCGACAAAAUAAUAAUGAUAUGGAUUAUCAAGAUUGCUAUGGCAUAUAUAUUAAAAUUCAAGAUCACAUUGAAAACUUCACAGAAUCAUUAACAUCAUUGCUAAAUCGACAAAAAUUGAUUGAACUUCAACGUGAUUUAAUUGGUGUCGAUAAUCUAUCUAUUCUACACGAUCGACAAUUUAUACGUGAAGGUUGUUUACAGAAAUUGUCACGAAAGGGUUAUCAACAACGAAUGUUUUUUCUAUUUUCUGAUGUUCUACUUUAUUGUGCUCGCAGUUCGAGUCCAAUACUUCAAUUUAAAUUACACGGUGAACUUCCAUUAAAAUUAAUGACAGUUGAAGAUAGUGAUGAACGUGUUAAAAUUCCGAAUUCUAUCUCAAUAUAUACGGGUACUCGGUCGUUACUUGUAGCAGCAAAUUCUGAAACUGAAAAGAAUAAAUGGUUGAAUGACUUAAUAUCAGGUAUUGAAAAUAUAAACAGCACAAGUGACGAACAACAUAAAAAUCAAUAUACAUCUACAUUAAAAUCGAAUGCAUCAUCUGAAAAUCUUGAUUAUUCAGUAGUUGGAACGGUUGAAGAAGAAAAGAUACAUCAAAUCGAACCUUCAUGCAUUCAACAUCGUGCUAAUACAACAAUGCAUGUUUGUUGGCAUAGAAAUUUAUCUGUAUCAAUGAAUGAUCAUCGGCAAUCAAUAAAAAAUCAAUUAAGUGGCUAUUUAUUGCGUAAAUUUAAAAAUUCAAAUGGUUGGCAAAAAUUAUGGGUUGUUUUUACAAAUUUUUGUUUAUUCUUCUAUAAAACUUACCAGGAUGAUUUCCCAUUAGCAUCUCUACCAUUGCUUGGCUAUCGUAGCUCAUUACCAUCGGAAACCGAUGGAGUGAAUAAAGAUUUUGUAUUUAAACUUCAAUUUAAAAAUCAUGUGUACUUUUUCCGUGCAGAAAGUCAAUAUGCUUUUGAUCGAUGGAUGGAAGUCGUUUCAAGUACAACAAUAUCAUCGACAAAUCCUACAAGCGACUAG